AUGAAAUCAAAAUGUAGAUUGAUUGCAAUUUGGUUAAUGAUUUCAUUUAAUUCAUUUAUCGAAACUGGAUAUGUCAAAGAAAAUGGCAAACGAUUGAAUGAAUACAUAUCGCAUUUUGAGACAUUAAAUUACGAUACAAAACAUUUGCAUGCUAAGCAUAAUCGUGCAAAACGUUCCAUCGGUGAAGAUCAGCAUGUUCAUUUAAAAUUCUCAGCUCAUGGUGAAACUUUUCAUCUUAGACUUAAACGCGAUUUGACUACAUUUAGUGAUAAUUUAGAGAUUCAUCAUACAGAAUCAGAUGGAAAAGAGAGUAUAAGGCUUAUAGACACAAGUCACAUAUAUGAUGGACAUGUACUUGGUGAUAAAGACAGUUUCGUUCUUGGUUCCAUAAGUGAUGGAAUAUUUCAUGGACAGAUAUUUACAUCAAAAGACUCAUAUUAUAUUGAGAAAGCUCAAUAUUAUUUUCCAAAUCACAGUCACAUUGUGGAUGGCUUUCAUUCAGUCAUUUACAAAGAUGAGCAUGUAAACGAUCCAUACAGAGAUCGACGAACAGUUCAUGCAAAUGGUUGUGGACUCACAGAUGAUGUGUCACAAUGGAUGGAUCGAGUACAACAUUCACAUGAUGACGAUGAUGAGAUUGAUAUAGUACCAAUUGAGAAUAAUGAGAAGGAUAAAGUUGAUAAUAAGACUCACUAUUAUCAGCAUGUAAAUAAUCGAAUUUAUGAUGAUAUUGAAAACAACGCCCAUCCUCAUAAGAAAUACUCCAAAGAAGCCAAUGCAAGAGUAAAACGUGCAACGUCUCGUUACCAAGAGAAGAAUACAUGUUCAUUAUAUAUUCAAACUGAUCCAUUAAUAUGGAGGCAUAUUCGUGAAUCAAUACCUGAUCACAAUGAUCCAAAUCGUGUGAAUAUAGUCGAUGAGAAAACAAAGGAAGAGAUUCUAUCGCUUGUCGCACAUCAUGUAGCUGCUGUAAAUUUCAUAUAUCGUAAUACAAAGUUUGAUGGACGAGUUGAGCACAGAAAUAUACGUUUUGAAGUUCAAAGAAUUAAAAUUGAUGAUGAUCAAGCAUGUAGUCUGUAUUAUCGCGGUGAACCAAAUCAAUUUUGUAUGGAGAAUAUUGAUGUCUCCAAUUUCCUCAAUCUUCAUUCGCUUGGCAAUCAUGAACAUUUUUGUUUAGCAUAUGUGUUCACUUAUCGAGAUUUCACCGGAGGUACUCUCGGUUUGGCGUGGGUUGCUAGUGCAUCAGGAGCAUCAGGCGGUAUUUGUGAGAAAUACAAGUCAUAUACAGAGACAACGAGUCAAGGAAUGUAUCAUAGCACAAAACGUUCUCUCAACACAGGAAUAAUAACUUUUGUAAAUUAUAACUCACGUGUUCCUCCUAAAGUCUCACAAUUGACACUAGCUCAUGAGAUUGGACACAAUUUUGGAUCUCCUCAUGAUUAUCCUGCCGAAUGCCGUCCAGGAGGUCAAGCGGGAAACUACAUCAUGUUCUCGUCAGCAACAAGCGGUGAUCGACCGAAUAAUAGUAAAUUUUCUCAGUGCUCAAUCAGAAACAUUUCAAAUGUACUCGAUGCAAUCGAUGAUGCAAAAAAAAGAAAUUGCUUUAAAGUCAGUGAAGGGGCAUUUUGCGGAAAUAAGAUUGUUGAAAUUGGCGAAGAGUGCGAUUGUGGAUUUAACGAUGAAGAGUGCCGUGACAGAUGUUGUUACCCAAGAAUCGUAUCCGAUUACGAUUUAAAUUUGAAUGCAUCUGCCAAGGGUUGUAGUCGUCGAGCAAAGACACAGUGCAGUCCAAGUCAAGGACCUUGCUGUGAUCCAAAUAGUUGUACAUUCGUUCCAACCAAUAAACAUGCCAAGUGUCGUGAGGAGUCGGAAUGUUCGUGGAGCUCAUGGUGUAAUGGAACGUCAAGUGAAUGUCCCGAUCCAAAAGCUCGCGAGGAUAAGACAAAAUGUAAUAAUGGUACACAAUUGUGCAUCACGGGAGAAUGUACAGGAUCAAUAUGUCUUAGUUGGAAUAAAACUGAGUGCUUCCUAACAUCAUCAUCACAUACAAAAUAUGACAAAAGACGUCUCUGUGAGCUUGCAUGUCAAGAUGGCAAUGAUCCUUCAACGUGUCGUUCAACGAGUGAAUUUGGACAUAUUUAUGGACUGCCAAAGGAGGGUAUUAGUUUAAGACCCGGUUCACCGUGCGACAAUUUUCAAGGAUAUUGUGAUGUAUUUUUAAAGUGCCGAGCUGUCGAUGCUGAUGGUCCAUUAGUCAGACUUAAAAAUUUGCUUCUCAACAAAGAGACACUACAUACAUUGAAGCAAUACGUUAUAGAGAAUUGGAUAUUUUGUGUUUUCAUGGCUAUCAUAUUUUCCAUCUUUAUGGGCAUAUUUAUUAAAUGUUGUGCCGUGCACACGCCAAGUAGUAAUCCUAAAAAGCCACCAGCACGUAGAAUUAGUGAUACUUUAAGGCGACCCAUGAAUACUUUAAGAAGGAUGCGACAUCCUGCGAACGUUGCACGUUCAAUACCACCGCCUGGUCAUGGCGAGAGACGAAAUAGAAGUCGAAGUGGUGGACAGAACAGACAGCCUGGACAGCAGCGUCAAGCAACAGCGCAUCAAGGAGGGUAUAAUAACAGUGGUCGAGUGCGAGCCGACGCCCCGUUAAUUCCAGUACAGGGCUAUAGUAGACGUGCGAAUGAUCCAUAUGCCGAGGGAUAUACAGAAAGACAACAACAAAGUUGUGAAAUGCAAAUACGCUAUCCAGCCGCAAGUGCACCACCGCCAAAGGCAUGA